CCUGUAUCCUUCCAUCUCACCCGACUGCCUCCGUCUACCCUAUUUUGUCGUCCAGCAGCGAGGCAGGCAACGAAGCACCAGCAUCGGAUGGGAAUACCCUAACCCGCUUCGCUACCGCCCACACCACCUCCUCCUGCCCGUCAUUGGCUCCAAGCCAGUCGAGACACCCCACCAAUCACCCCACCCUACCUUGCAUUGCAUAAAGUCAUCCGCAGGUAUCCCAUCUUCAUCCAACAAUCGUCGCGGUACAUUCCCACCCCAAGACAGUCGAGAGAAAGAGAAAGAUACUUAACUUCAUCUAUCGUUGAGUCAAGCUUUCGCGAUGUGCGGAGGUCCUAAGCCCAACGCAGCCGAGGGAGACCAGUCGGAGUCGGACGGUUGCCGCGGAGAUUGUGCGAAUGCAAGCGGGAGUGCGAAUGCAAGCGGGAGUGCGAAUGCGAGUGGGAGCGCGAAUGCGAGUGGGAGCGAAGAUACUGCCUCUCGCCAGAGCGUCAAGGGGCCGGAUGAGCAUUGUGGAGCUGUCGAAACAGAGCAGGAAACUAGAAGAGGAUGUAAAGAAGAGCCGGCGAAGACAUCUGGCAAGGCUGUCGACACUGGCUCGUGUUCGGGUGGAUGCUGCGGCGAAGAGACCAACAGCCAUACGCAUGACGACGGCUACCAGCCAGGCGCCCAGGAGCAUGACGGCGAUGAUCAUCAGGGCUGCGAUGGCCCCGACCAUGCCUGCGACCACAGCCUUGGGCACAAUCGUUCUCAUGAGAACACGCACGCACCGCCAGUAACCGAGCCCGAUGAGAGAUGCUGCGCGGAGCAGCCAUGCGUUUGCGACGAGAUCUGUGAACUCAACUAUGUAUCGCUUCUGCAUGAGCAGAGCGGGUGCAAACGUACGAAGAUGGCGGCUGUCGCGGCGGAGAAGCCUGUUGCUGAGGAGAUUGCGACGAAUCCCAACCCGAAGCGCUGGCUAUCCUGCUCCCAUUGUCUCAACAGCGCGCGAAAGGUGUCAUUGACGGUGGAGGCCAAAGCGUGUUACUGCAAGCUCACACGCAGCUUGAGUCGCUCCGUAAAGUCUCUUGCCGCCAUGGAGUUCGCAUCGGGAUGUUGCAGGGUGAAUACGAUGCGCCGGCAGUAUCAAUUUUGCGGGGAUUGCGAUGGACACAACCACGAACACAACCACGAGCACAACUAUAGCUAUGAAGACAUCAUUAGUCACGAUCAUGGCGAGGAGAUCGUAGGUAUCAAGGAAGGAUGUGACAAAGCAGCGACCAUCUCUGAAGUGGAAAUAGAGUCUGGGCCUUGCUAUAGCCGUCACCUAGCCCUCGGAAUCUCUGGAAUGCAUUGCUCAAGCUGUGCCGACGACAUUGUGAAAAUACUGGGAAACAUCGCUGGAGUCGACAGGAAUGACAUCAAGGUCAGCUUUAUAAUGAGCCGCGCCGAAUUGAAAUUCGAUCCCAAGAUUGUCAAAGAUGCAGACAACGACAUCCGCGUGAGGGUAUUGAAGAGAUUUCCGAGGCUUGACAUUGUUGUGUUGUCCAAUUCAAAGGUGGACGAUGAUGAGCUCGAUGGAAUCAUUAGGAUCCGAAUACGAUCAGAAGGCAUGGACUCCGAGGCACUUCGUGGCAUGGCACUUGGAAUCUCAGGGGUGGUCUCCGUCGAUCUGAUUGGUGGGGAAGAGGUGGAACUCGCAUACGAUCCCGACAACAUUGGCAUUCGCAACAUCUUGGCGAUCCUGGAGAGCCAAACCAGCGGCCAUGCUGUUGAGCUUGUGGACAUCCCAGAUGGAGCAGUAGCUGCCCAGGUAGCAGAUAAAAGAUACCUCCGCAGUAUCGCCUUCCAAACGAUCGCUGCCGGCGCCUUGACAAUACCCGUUCUCGUACUUUCCUGGUCGGGCGGCCGACUCCGGGUGGAUCCGAUCAAUCGCUACAACGUUGAGUUCUCCAUGGCGACGGCGAUCAUCAUUGUGGCCCGAAGAAUAUAUCUCGACGCUUUCCGGUCAUUGUGCAAUGGCUUGACCAUCGACAUGGACGUGCUUGUGUCAGUUGCAACGGGCGCAGCAUACAUGUUUUCGGUGGCAGUUUUCGGCUUUGUUUUAGCAGGAGCAUCUUGGGUACGCCAUCAAGACCAAAAACCAUUCUUCGAGACCAGCUGUCUGCUGACGACAUUGAUCCUUGCUGGUCGCUGGAUGACGGCGGGCGUUCGAACGUGGGCGUCACGGCGGUUACGGUCCAUUGGGGAUGGAGAGCUGCAGGCUUCCGAAGUCCGUUUGUACGACCCGCUCUCACAGGAGAAGAGUCUGGACGCCCGAAAACUGCAUUACGGAGAUAUGAUCAUUGUGUCCCAGGGCGAAACGGUUGCAACGGACGGACUGAUUGUCGAGGGAACCGGACAAAUGGACGAAUCCCACCUCACAGGCGAGCCAAAGCCACAAACCAAGAGCGAAGGAAGUUUCAUCCUGGCCGGAAGUACGGUGGUCUCUGGCGAAGUCAAGUACCGGGUCUCCAAGCUAGUCCAAGAGAACACCAUCUCGACCAUCAAGAAUAUGGUCAAGCUCGCGUCGCAACAGAAGCCCCGGAUACAGGAGAUCGCCGAUAUGGUGGCUUCUUACUUGACGCCUUCAAUCCUAAUCAUCGCGUUAGUGGUAUUCUUGAUCCACCUGCUGGUUGGAGCAAGAAUGGGGUGGGGUGAGAGCGCAGUUUCUGCCUUGACAUACUCUGUUGCUACUCUCGCUAUCUCCUGUCCAUGCGCCAUCGGUCUUGCUGUUCCCAUGGUUCUGUUGAUCGCAAGUCGAGUCGGCGUUAGCAAAGGAGGAUUCGUAUUUCGCAAUCCAGCAGCAAUAGUGAAUGGCAGGAACGUCGGGAAAGUCAUCUUCGAUAAGACGGGGACGCUCACUACAGGACAACUACAAGUGGAAUUCUCGUGCGUCGAAAUCGGCGGAGUCAUGCAAAAACAUUCUCCAGACGCUUAUGUCCUCACGGUGUUACGGACUCUGUGCAAGGCCAGCAACCACCCUGUGGCCAAAGCGAUGAACAGGUUCGCUGAGAGCCUGGAGCCCAGCUCUGGAGGUACCGAGUUGUCGGAGGAAGUGACCACAGUUGUGGGUAAGGGCAUCGAAACGACAAUCGAGGGUGCCGUCUAUCGAGGCGGAAGACUAUCGUUCACAGCUCCCGAAGCUGCAAAUGAUCCAGAGGUCGUUGCUAUUCUGGAAUCGGCCCAAUCCAUCUUUACACUUUCUCGUGACUUCAAGCUCAUCGCGAUUUUCGGCUUGAAGGAUGACACCAUCAGGCCAGAGGUCCCGCUCGUCCUCGAGAAUCUGCGAAAACAAGGCAUCGAACUCUACAUUUUCUCCGGCGACCGCCCGGAGGCUGUGUUCCCAUUGGCAAAGGAGCUUGGAAUUCCGUCCGCGAACGUUUACGCCGACUGCUACCCCGAGGACAAGCGAGCUAGGCUGGAGGCUCUGAAGAACCGUACAUCCGAGACGAGUGCGACUUCCAAGGGCUUCACCGAUUCAAAACAGAGUUUACUCCAACGUAUCAAGGCCAAGCUGAGCAUACAACGCAAGGGCAUUAUUUUCGUAGGCGAUGGCACGAACGAUGCGAUUGCACUCAUGGCAGCGGAUGUCGGAGUCUCGUUGUCGCAAUCGAUGGACAUGGCAGCCAGUUCCGCGGACGUCUCGAUAAUUUCCGACUCGAUUGUGGGGCUCGUGGGGUUUCUGGAGCUAUCGCGCAGGGUGAACGUAUGCAUCAUGAUUAACUUUGCAUGGGCAAUACUGUGGAACCUAGUCGCGAUUCUGGGAGCGAGCGGUGGGUGGGUCAAGGUGAGGAUUGCGCCCCAGUGGGCGGGACUGGGCGAAUUUGCAAGUCUUUUGCCAGUCCUUGGUGUCAGCUUGGCGGUUGGGUUGGGAUAUGGGGGUGGAUAGGAUGGUGGAGGGAGUUUCUUUUGUAGAUAGGCGUGAUGGUGGACGUGGCGGUGGAUGAGGGGUGGGAGG